GAGAUCUGUGGUGAUUUGAAUUAAUAAAUUGCGAAUAAUUUAAUUUAAAUCAUUCUGAAGAAGUAUUAAGUUAACACUUUACUUGUAACAAUAACAUUUAUUUUUCCAACAAGUAGGCACAUUUUUAAAGCGUAAUGGUUGACAGAAAAAGUAUUAAGAUCGGUAUAAUCGGAGGGUCCGGAUUCGAUGAUCCGAAUUUAUUUGAAAAUCCAAUCGAGAGAGAUAUUACAACACCAUUCGGAAAACCCUCUGACGUGUUACUAGAAGGUACCAUUAAAGGUGUUCCUUGUGUUCUUUUGGCCAGGCAUGGAAGAAAACAUCAAUUUCAACCAAGCGACGUUAACUAUCGCGCAAACAUUUGGGCAUUGAAGAUGUUGGGUUGCACGCACAUUCUGGCUACAACUGCAACGGGCUCGUUGGUGGAGCAGUACCGUCCCGGUGACUUGGUUGUGUUGGACGAUUUUAUUGAUAGGACAUGGGGUCGUCAAUGCACGUUCUACGAUCGGACGGAAGGUGGUCCGCGCGGCGUGUGUCACCUGCCCAUGAAGCCGGCCUUCUGCGAGAAAGCGCGGCAAGCGCUGCUUAGCGCUGCACGCAGUAGAAGCCAUAUCUGCCACGAGAGCGGGACUGCCGUCACUAUUCAGGGACCUAGGUUUUCGAGUCGUGCUGAAAGUUUGAUGCAUCGCCAAUGGGGCGGACACGUCGUCAACAUGACGACCGUACCUGAAGUAGUACUUGCGAAGGAAGCCGGUCUGAGUUACGCGGCAGUAGCGCUCGUCACAGACUACGACUGCUGGAGGGAGAACGAGCAAUCUGUAUCAGUGAGUGAAGUUCUGGAGAUGUUUGCGAGGAACAUUAAGAAGGCUAUCGAUGUAAUCGUUGAUGCUGUGCAGAUACUCGCUGCAGAUUCAGAUUACACAUACCUCGAUUGCCACAAGGACCUCGUGGCAUCUGCUAUUAUGCUGAAGCAAUAAUCUUUUUAAGAAACAAUUUACAAGCAAUGAAGAAGUACGGUUUUACCUAUAAAUAUUGCUUAGAGGUGAUUAAUUAGUCUUCUUUGGAAUAACAAAUCAAUAAUGUCUGAAAGAGAAGAUUUAUAUUUCAAUGUUUAAGUAAACACCUGCUAAAGUUUCAUAAGUAAGGCCGUUAUUAACUAAGUUAAUUGUAUUUUCUGUCAAUGUAUAUUCAUUCCGAAAUAAAACAAUGCAUUUAUGCGUACAAUA